GGGAAAGUGAAGGAGGACGAGAAGGAAGGGAAGUUGUCUGUUUACUGGAAUUAUUGGCUAAGAAAAAAUAAUUCCGCAAAUCUUUCUUGGCCAAGAAGAAUAUUUAUGGAAAUUUCAUGAUCCUAGGCCUGUUUCUGUCUUCCUUUAAGUUUGAUAUAUUGAAUCUAUUCGUUUACAAAGAUGGCGAAACUGGUAGCAGUGUGUCGAGAUGAAAUGGAUUUCGCCUUCGAAAGACACCAGAUUCCCCUGGUGAUAGAGGAAACUUUAACGAUGGUGAUGGAAAUUCCAGAGAACGUGAUUACAACUCGCUAUGUUUGUGAAAAUCAAAUCCAAGAUUUCUUAAAGAGGUACCAAUGUCUCGAUAGUGACGAGCUCGUAUGCGCUCUAAAUGUGCGUCAAAAUGAAGUGUUUUCAGUSCUUUCACAUGCUGUACCAUGUGUGGGAUGUCGAAGGAGUGUGGAAAGGUUAUAUAACCAACUUAUGAAAUCUGGUCAACGAGCACUUGAGCCUCUUAUCAUUUGUAACUCAGGAAUGCUGUCUGUCAGUGAUAUCUUUCUUCAUGAUCCAAAGUUAAUAUAUGCGCUGUUUUAUGUUCAUGGGUCAAAAUUAAAUGAACUGGUUGAUGCAAUUCCCAAAAGUCGACGAAACAGGAGAUGUCCUUUACAUUCACUAGAGACACACAAGUCUCGACCUUCAGGAAGUUGGAUGGAUGUCUGGGAUCUCCUUUCACAAGAAUGCCGGGAUGAGGUUGUGCUGAUUGAUUCAGACUCAUUGCUAGACACCUUGGAACACUAUCUUAGAAAACACAGGUUUUGUUCAGAGUGCAAGUCAAAAGUGUUAAGAGCAUACAGUAUUUUAGCUGGUGAUUUGGAUGGCCCAAGUGAGAAAGGAUUUUGUUCAUCUUUGUACGAUGGUUUAAGAAGUUGUCCUCAAGAACGACACAUUCAUGUCAAAUGUGAUACGGAUUUUAUUGCACACCUUAUUGGACGAGCUGAACCAGAAGUAGCUGGAGGAAGAGAAAGACAUGCGAAGACUUUAGAUAUUGCACAGGAAGAGGUUCUUACUUGUCUUGGUACUCAUCUAUGGGAGCGACUUCACAGACUUUGGCAAAAACUACGAGCCGAGGAGCAAACGUGGCAAAUGCUUUUUUACCUUGGUGUUGAUGCAUUGAGAAAWAGCUUUGAGGUUGCCAUAGAAAACAAACUCGGUAUAUCACGUCUAGAACAAGUAGUAGAAGAGAUAUCAGUUGCAGAAAAACUCAAAGAACUCAAACGUGAAGAAAAACGUCGAAAAAAGAAGGCAAAAAGAAUCGAAAAGUGUAAAUAUAGUAAUCGCGAGGUUGUGCUUGCGCUUGAAGAAGAACAACGUAAACCCUGUGAGAGCAAAGACGACGAACCUAGCAGCAGAGACGGUAGUUUUGAAGACAUAGAUGUAAAUGGACUCGAAGGAAGCUGUGAAGAUGACGAUGACCGAGACAGUGUAGAUACACCGUGUAGCUGUGAAGAUAUGCAAUGUGCAAAAAGGUGGCGACAGAGUUCAUGGUCAGCUCGCAAGAAUGGCGAUUGUGGCUACGUUGGAAAACCGUGGCCAAGUGAAAAAGAAAACCGGAACGGUACAUCGGUUGAUCAGUCACGUCGUAUCAGUCGGAGAGAUGAAGAAGAGUUUUGUUCAGAUUGCUUGUCUGCUAGCUCAAAUAGGAGUAAUGGUGGAAAGAAGAAGAAAGGAAAAAAGAAAAAGAAAAAAGGAGUUAAAAUUGAGGAUAAGGAUGAUGCUUUUCAAAAUAGGCAAAGUAAUGACUUUGAAGGGAUGGAUGAUGAAGAAAUGAAGCUGUUACAGUCUAUGGGUUGGGCAAGUGGAGAUCGUUGUUUAGAGGAAUGCUGUUCUUCCGAGGAGGAUAGCGGUAUCUCAGAACAAGACAUUCUCCACUUCAAAGAAAACCACAAAAGUGUAGCUGUACAACGUCAAGAACUGCGUGUCAAACUACGGCAAAAUUUUGAAAAGAUGUCCUUGAAGACAUCCAAUUCUGUCAGCAAACCAGUCAACGGUUUGACAACGGCUGUAGUUCACUAGAGCUACUAUUUGUUGUCAGUGGUUUCUCGUCACGCAUGCGUAGAACCCUUCUAUUCUUUGUAGUUUAGUAGUAGGGGGAUGUUUGAAAAUAGCGUUCUUAAAUAAUACUUGCCGUGCUACCUUGAUUGGUUCAUUUUCGAUUAUUAUUUAUUUAUCUUUCUCAUGCGUUGUUUUGAUUGAGAAUAAUCAAAAACAUGAUCAACAAAAAAUAUAUACAAAGUAGUCGGUGGAAUGGUGAUGAGAAUACCGCUGCACAUGGUCAACGGCRUACAUAGGUGUGAUUCCACCAAACCCAUUAAGAUGGAGUAAUAAAACAUUGAAACCUUUCA